AGGCGAAAAGAAGUGCCACCAAAAAUCCCCGUCGUCUUCCUCGGAUACCUUCCUUGUUUACUCGCCGCCGGUACGCCUCUUUACUCCCCGCCGAGCCUCGCCGUACUCUACUCCGUCCGACCAACCGGUCGACCCACCGCGGCUCGACCUGCCGCUGCCGCUGCCGGUGCCCUACCUCUUCUCCUCCGCUACCCCCUCUGCCCUUCACGCGCCGCCAUCGCCGUUUCCCUUCCCUGCCUGUCUCAGCCCGGUCCGCUAUUCCGGCCUCUGCUUUCUGAGUCUACAAUGGGGAACAUGCUCACCUUCAUGCCUGGAACAACUGCAGUGGUGAAUCAUUGCCAUCCAAGGCAACUCCACCCAGGAGCCACCAGCAGCAGGAUAGCAGGCCGUCAGUUUGAACCGCUGAGCAUUCUGGCUUUCAGGGCUAUGUCUGAGCACAUAGGACGUAGUGAAGCGUUCUGUCGAAAGCAGAUAUCGAAUGGCCGGUUUCAACUGCUGACCAUUCUGGUUUGCGGAGCAAUCUGUGCCGAGGGAAUUACAGCAAAAGAUCCAUUCAAACUGUGUGGCAUUCUCAUCUGUGGAGUUUUGUCUGACUACAUCCGUCAUGGCGCAAAGGAACCAGCGGUUGAUCUGCUUGGAGACCUUCCAGAGGACGUGUUAUGCACAGUUUUGUCAAAGUUGUCUCUGGAAGAGGCUGUAAGAACCAGUGCCGUCUCAAGGAAAUGGAGAUACUUGUGGACAGCUUGUCCUAAACUGAGUUUCGAUGGAAAUACAAUAUGUGGCAAGAAUAAUUAUGAGAAAAGAGUGUAUAAUCUAGUGUUCAGUCACAUUGUUAAUAGAGUCCUGGGACAGUGCAGGGGCAAGUUGGUUGAAGAGCUUGAAAUCAAAAUUGGGUUGAACCGGAUGUUGGUUGAACAUCUUGAUAAUUGGGUUCGUUUUGCUGUAUCAUCGCGGACAAAGGCACUAGUUUUUGAUUUAGCACGAGAACAGCGUCAACCUCCAGGUUGUGUUGAUCGGUACAAAUUUCCAUUUGAGCUUUUAGAUGAGGACAGUAUACACCGUCUACAGAAACUUCAUCUUAGCUUUGUAGAUCUCCAGCCACCAACGCAUUUUAGUGGUUUCCCUAACGUAAGGAAGCUUGAUCUGAGCAUAGUGAGUGUCAAUGGGAAGGGUAUUCAACAUAUGUUGUCAAACUGCUGUAACUUAGAGUGGCUGAGUAUUGUUAGAUGCCAUCUCAAUGGUGAACUAAAGGUUAACGGCCCACUGCCUCACCUGCUAUACUUGAAAAUUGCUUCGUGCAGAUUAACAAAUAUAGCAUUCCAUGCCGUGAACCUUGCGACUUUUGAAUACAGAGGAGUGGCGGUGCCUAUUGACCUCGGUAAAUCAUCGGAACUGAAAUGUGCAAACAUAUAUUAUUUUGGAGACACUCUUGAGCACACUAUUACCGUGCUUGCUAAAGUUCUUACAAGUGUGCAACAUCUGACCCUCAAUGCAGGCUGUAAAUCAUCAGAGGUUCCCUGUUUGAUGUCUUACCCAUGCAAGUUUUCUCGGAUGACAUACUUACAAUUGAGGUUGGCCUAUGUCAAAGAAUUCGACAGCUUGUCGUUGGUCUCUUUUAUGAGGUCUGCUCCUUUAAUUGAAAAGCUAGAGCUGCACUUUUGUAACGAUGCUUAUGUGCGCGUGGUACAAGAACCUGAACCUAUGAGGAAUCUUUCAAAGCGUCUGUUCAACGACAUGAAGAGCCUGCAUAUUACAGGAUUUGAAGCAUGCAAGGGCGAAGUUGAGUUCCUUAUGCACAUGGUUGAAAAUGCCCCUGCAUUGGAGGUCUUAUGUAUAGAUCACUCAUAUCAAUAUCCAAUAGAAGGCUUUCGCAAAGACAAAGAAUUGGAUGUUGACUUGCUUCAUACAACUACAAGAAGGCAUCUUAAAGGAAAAUUUUCACCCAAUUGCACCUUGAUUUUACUUUAAGGGAUUAGUUGGUGUAGGGAUGUAUAGCCAGGGAUGGAAAUCCGAUGCGGUAUCCUGAAAUGUUGGGGGCAGCAGAGGAUGGACUGUCAGGUUCAGAGAACAUACCGACUCGUUCAGUUGUCCAGUUGCUAUGAGAAGUCCAUCAAGCGUGAUCCGACGGCUCGUGAUGCUUGCCGUGUUUUAACUAGUUACCUGUAGCGUUUCAUUUCAGUGUGAAGGCUAUAUGACAGCCAAGUCCCACCCCUGCGUGGGUAUGCCAUUUCUAUUGUGAUCAAAUUACUUUACAGCUAUACUGCUACAGUACAGUAUAAUGGAGAUUUCCUGUUUGUUUGGCUGAA